CAGUUAAAUCCUGUCGUAUUAUUCUCUCUGAAAUGGACGAACAAACCCAUCAACUGCAACCCCAAAACUCAUCCUACGAGCUAUUGACACCUGCACCUUCAUUUCUUCCACUGCAUCCUCAGUUACCAGUCGAUGAUAUUGACUGGAUUUCUCUUCUUUCGGGUCAAGUGGGCGAUCAGAAUAAUAGGCCGAUGAUGAUGGGAAGUGGUUCUGAUGGAAAAGGAGCCGAUCAAGAGAAAGAAAAGGGGAAUGAUAAGCCUAGAAAGAGUAGCAGAAUGAUGAAACGUAGCAGCAGGCCGAGGUUCGCUUUUCAAACAAGAAGUGCUGAUGAUAUUCUUGACGAUGGCUAUCGUUGGAGAAAAUAUGGCCAGAAAGCUGUCAAGAACACCUCUUUUCCCAGGAGUUACUAUAGGUGCACAUACCACACAUGCAACGUGAAGAAGCAAGUGCAGAGGCUAUCGAAGGACACAAGCAUUGUAGUCACCACUUACGAUGGCAUUCAUAACCAUCCCUGUGAGAAGCUCAUGGAAACCCUAACUCCUCUACUCAAGCAAAUGCAGUUUCUUGUAAGGUUCUAACAAAUAUAUAAGUCCAUAAAUAUAUAAUCAUCUAAUAUUAUGUUUCAACAACAAAUCAGGUCAUAUUAUAUGUUGUUAAUACUCUAUUCAAUUCUACGCAUUUGUCAAAAUUCAAUAUGUAAAUCUAUAUGUAAAAAUAGAUGUAAAUGCCAUUAAAAGGCGACAAACUUCUUAUACUACCUUGUUUAUACUAUUCUGACACGAUGACUUGAUCUAUA